GAAUAUGUGAUUCGCUCAUGCACGUAAUGGCGCUCGGUUUUAAACCCGGGGAAUUGCGACGAGCAUAAGCGCAUCAGCAACAUCCUAGUAGUCUGUUUUGCGCUCGCUCCCAGACAUAAAAGCUGAGCAAGACAGAUCAUCUCAAAUCAUCUGUGCUACUUUAUCCUAAACACGAAGGCAGAGCUGUUUCAUAUUGCCUACCACUUGCUAACCUCGAGACUCCUUCUCGAUUGCCUACACUUUAAAUGAAGUCAAGUCCAUACAUUACACUAUAUGACACGCCCUCUUCACAGUCGAAUGGGUGGGCACCCAGUAUCUGGAGGAUAAGGUUGAUCCUGAAUUAUAAGCGACUCCCAUACCGCACGAAAUGGAUCGAGGUACCCGAUAUCGAUCGUACCAUGCGCCAAAUCGGCGCCCCGCACACCUCAAAGCGCUCUGACGGGCGCCCAGUAUUCACUCUACCAGUCAUAGUCGAUCCAAUCCGGUCUCCCACCGCACCCGUCGUACUUUCGAAUGCCUCAGCGAUUUCAGAGUAUCUCGAAAUAACUUAUCCGGCACGGCCCUUGUAUCCGGACGGGAGCAAGGCCCUUCAGACGCUAUUCGUCCAUUAUUUGCAGGACGUGUUCAUGAAGCCCCUCCUGCCAAUUAUGAUUCCCUUAAGUGCGCAACGGCUUAAUCCUCGCAGUCAGGAAUACAUAUUCCCUUCUAACCAACGGCCUCCUCCCGAUGCAGGUUUGUCAGGUCCACAGCGCGAGCAAGCUUGGCAGGCAGUUCGCGAGAACUUCAAGACACUUUCAGACAUUCUCGACAAGAACAGUGGAGAAGACGGCGAUGGAGUGGUGGUGUCGGGACGAGACAUUACAUACGCGGACUUCGCGCUGUGUGCGAUACUCAUAUGGAUCGAGCGCGUCUCCCCGCAGGACGUUUGGCCACUGAUUAGGUCUUGGAAUGGCGGGCGUUGGGCUAGGCUCAUGGAUCGGUGCCGAGACUACAUGGAUGUCAUGUGA